AUGGGGAACGAGAAUGACCGCCAGCUUCACGUCUACUUCUUCCCGUUCAUGGCGCACGGCCACCUGAUCCCUGCCGUCGACAUGGCCAAGCUCUUCGCAUCCCGAGGCGUCAAAACCACCAUCGUCACCACCCCGCUCAACGCCCCUCUCUUCUCCAGAACCACCCGGAAGCACUCCUCGGGUCGGGCCGAGAUCCUCACCCGGACCCUCGACUUCCCCGCGUCCCGGGUCGGGCUGCCGGACGGAUGCGAGAAUCUCGACUUCAUCAGCGCCCGGAACCUCGGGUGGGGAGCCGUCUCCAAAUUCUUCAAGGCCUCCACGCACCUCCAGGAAUCCUUGGAAAGCCUCCUCGACCAGGACCGGCCCGACUGCCUCGUCGCCGACAUGUUCUUCCCCUGGACCGCCGAAUCCGCCGCGAAAUUCGGCAUCCCCAGGCUGCUGUUCCACGGCACCAGCUACUUCGCCCUCUCCGCCGGCGCCGCCGUCGCCGCUCACGAGCCGCAGAGCCGCGUCUCCUCCGACACCGAGCCGUUCCCGCUCCCCGGCCUCCCCCACGAGAUCCGGCUGACGAAGCGCCAGCUGCCGCCGUCGGGCGGCGGCGGGGAAGUCGAUUUCAUGUCGGAGUUUUUCGGGAGAGUCAGGGAGACCAACUCCGAAGGAUACGGGACCGUGGUCAACAGCUUCUACGAGCUGGAGCCGGAUUACGCUGACCACUUCAGGAACGCUCUGGGAAGGAAGGCGUGGCACGUGGGGCCCGUGUCGCUUGCCAAUGCUGACGUGGAGGAUAAGGCUAACAGGGGAAAGCAAGCCGCAAUCGACCAGGACGAGUGUUUAAAAUGGCUGGGAUCCAGGGAGCGGAACGCCGUCGUUUACAUGUGCUUCGGCAGCGGCUCGAAUUUCGGCGCCGAGCAACUGCGAGAGAUUGCGGUUGGGAUGGAAGCGUCCGGUCAGCAGUUCGUGUGGGCGGUCAGGGGCGGUCAGGACGACAGCUGGCUGCCCGAAGGGUUCGAGGAGAGGACGAAAGGGAGAGGGAUGGUUAUUCGCGGGUGGGCCCCGCAGGUCCUGAUCCUGGAGCAUCCCGCGGUGGGGGCGUUCGUGACGCACUGCGGAUGGAACUCGACGCUGGAAGGGAUAACGGCGGGGCUGCCGAUGGUGACGUGGCCGGUGUCGGCGGAGCAGUUCUACAACGAGAAGCUGGUGACGGAGGUGGUGAGGAUCGGGGUUCGGGUUGGCGCGGAGGAGGCGUCGGUUUAUGGGGUGACGGUGGAGAGUGGGAAGGUGGAGAGAGCCGUGAGGAGGAUUAUGUCGACGGGCGACCAAGAGGUCGAGGACAUGCGGCGGAGGGCGAAGGGUUUGGGGGAGAUGGCGAGGAAAGCUGUGGAGGAAGGAGGGUCUUCUUACAAUGAUUUGAGUUCUCUGAUUGAGGAGCUGAAAUUGCAGCGCGUGGCUAGUGGAUAG